AUGUCUUGCAAAGCCGCAACAAAAGACAAGAAAUCGAGUUUCAGCAAGAAGCUGUUCAGAAGAGGCUCGGUGCGCUCCGUGGGCAGCUUUAUGGGCAGAGUCCUAAGGACACUGACAGCGUUAUCCCACUUUGGAUCUGAGGUACACACAGAGGAUGACAAAGAUGAUGGAGGGUUUUCUACUUUCAAAUCUGGAAAUAAAGAUGUGCCUAUGGACGACGGGGACUUGGGGGGUUUCCUGUCUGGAGAGAGAGUUCCUGGAGUGUCGGGUCUCAAAAACCACGGGAAUACCUGCUUCAUGAAUGCAAUUCUGCAGUGCCUCAGUAACACUGAGCUCUUUGCUGAGUACCUCGUUUUGGAGCACUACAAAGGCGAAGAGCUGGAUGAGGACAAACCAAAGACGAAUGGCGUGCAUCUGCAGAAGAAGGGUUCUCUGGCCAAAGGAGAAGUUACAGAGCAGCUGUCAGGUCUUGUGCGGGCUUUAUGGACAUUUGAGUAUACUCCCCAGCAUAGCAAGGAUUUUAAGGGUCAUAUAAGUGUUUUUUUUUUUUUUUUUUUUCUUUUCAUAUGCUGCUCUGUUUGGCUCACUUUGACGUUUAAAGGAAACGCUCAGCAUGAUGCUCAAGAGUUUCUGCUCUGGCUGUUGGACAGAGUACAUGAGGACCUCAACACAGUCAACCCCAACUGCAGGCCUGCUAUAAAGCCACCCAUUGAAGAAGAUGACCAAACCACAGAGGGGCCAUCUCCUCCCCUCUCGGCUGGGUCGUUCGUACAAGAGCUGUUUCAGGCUCAGUACAGGUCUUCUCUCACCUGCCCACAUUGCCAAAAGCAGAGCAAUACGUUUGAUCCCUUCCUCUGUAUCUCCUUACCGAUCCCACUACCACAUACGCGGCCCUUGUAUGUGACGGUGGUCUACCAGGGGAAGUACUCUCACUGUAUGAGGAUUGGAGUUGCUGUGCCACUCAAAAGCACCGUGUAUUGCCUCAGAGAUGCUGUGUCACGUGAGACCAAGAUCCCAAUGGACCAGUUUGUUUUGACUGAAAUGUAUUAUGAUGGUUUUCAUCGCUCGUUUUGUGAUGAUGACGACGAUCUGGACAUUAUUCAAGAAAGCGAUUCCAUCUUUGCCUUUGAGACACCAGAGACCUUCAAACUGGAAAACAUACGCACAAAAAGAGGAAAUCUUCUGGCCAACCUGAAUCAUAACAACUUGAAGUAUGGGACAGAAAUCAGCAGGACUCCUUCUUUCAUGCAGGGGGCCAUGACUCCUGUAACUGCAUCGCCCAAUAAAAACCUGGGACCAGAGAAAAUGAUCCUUUUGGUGUGCAACAGAGCUUGUACCGGUCACCAAGGAAAGAGGUUUGGCUUGCCUUUUGUACUCUACAUGGAGCACACUGUGACCUGGGAUGCCCUACAAAAAGAGAUCCUGGAGAAAAUGCGUCAUCUUUUGAGGCCUGGGGUCUACAUUCAGGUGGGACCUUUCAGUCUCCGAGUGGUUGGCGUUGUUGGUAUCACCUACCUCCUUCCCCAAGAUGAGCGACCACUGUGUCACCCAACUGUGGAAAGAGCAUACAAGUCCUGUGGACAAGGGGGACCACCACAUGUCAAGAUUGUGGUAGAGUGGGACAAAGAGACCAAGGACUAUCUGUUUGGACACACUGAGGAGGAGUACAUUCCUGAUGCUGAGAGUGUGUAUCUGCACAGGGAACAGCAUCAUCAGCCACAAGCCUGCACCCUCGCUCAGUGCUUGCAGCUCUACACUAAGGAGGAGCAGCUGGCACCAGACGACGCGUGGCGCUGCCCACACUGCAAGCAGCUGCAGCAGGGCCGCAUUAAGCUCAGCCUGUGGACACUACCGGAUGUGCUCAUACUGCAUCUGAAAAGAUUCCGACAGGACGGGGACCGGAGAGUGAAGAUGCAGAACAUGGUGAGGUUCCCACUGAUGGGCAUGGACAUGGCACCUCAUGUGGUUAAGAGAAGCCAGAGCAGCUGGAGUUUACCUUCCCACUGGUCACCAUGGAGACGACCCUAUGGCCUGGGAAGGAACCCCAACGACUACCUGUAUGACCUUUACGCCGUGUGCAACCACCAUGGGAAUAUGCAUGGCGGCCACUAUACAGCUUACUGCAAGAACUCUAUUGAUGGACAGUGGUACUGCUUUGAUGACAGUGAAGUUUCACCAAUAGCUGACGAUGACGUCUGUCAGCAGACAGCCUAUAUACUGUUCUACCAGAGGAGAACAGCUAUUCCCUCCUGGUCCGCCAACAGCUCUGUUGCUGGUUCCACCAGCUCAUCCCUGUGUGAACACUGGAUCAACAGGUUGCCAGAUAGCAGGCCUGCUAGCUUGGCCUCUGGGGCCUCGUCCAGACGCACCUCUCUGGCCUCACUGGCCGAGUCGGUAGAGUUUCCAGGAGAACGUAGUGAGGAUGAUGGAGGAUUCUCUGUCCGUCCUUUUGUGAGGAGCAUUCAGCGUCAGAGCUUGUCCUCCAGGUCGUCCAUCGCUAGUCCUUUAGCUUUGAGUGACAGUGGGAUAAAGCCUUCUUGGUCCCUCUCAGCAAAGCUGCACAUGAGAUCCAACUCGCCCUCACGCUUUUCCCUUGACUCUCGGUGUUCUCCUCCUCUAGAGAGGAUAGGAGAGGCCUAUGAUGACAAGGUCUCCACUUCCUGUUUUGGCAGCUACAGUAGACAUGAACGGUACUUUGGCAGCAGGACUCCACUGUCUAUGAUGGAGAGCAACGUCAGUGACCAGGACAACAAUAAACGCUUCCUAGACAUGAUGUACCGCAGGGCUCCCACUCCAGUGGAAAAGAAGAGCACCAAAAACGAGAUGACUGAAAACAACAACCAGAUUACAGCUAUAGACCAAAACAUAGUACCCACCCAAGCUACUCCCUCCAAAGAACAGAAACGUAAGAGCAGCAUUGGAGGAUUUGCUUCAAAGGCAGAAACCACAGGCUCCACAAAGAGUUCCAGCAAGUUGGAGCAAGAGAAAACUUCCAAAAAACGUUUGUGUUCAACCCACAAGACCUCCACCUCUGAGACAUCUUCCAGUACACCUGUUAAAGCCAAAAAGGUGAGCAAUACUAAAGAAAAGGGUGUCAGUGCUAAGAAAAGCACCCCAGUACCCACUGGGACUCCCUCUAAAACAAAAGGUGCAACUCAGUCUCUAGAAGCAACGCCACAAAAUAAGCCAUGUGCCCGCUCCACUCCUCAGUCUUCAGCUUCCCCCUCACCAACUGCUAAGAAGAGUUCCAGUGUCACAGAGAAAGGUUCUAUGAGUAGUCGGAGGCGAAUGGUAGAAAGGAGUUACAGCAGAGAUUCUAUGCACACUAGCAAUCUGGUCGACAAUUUCCGUGGCAGCUCAGUAGCUCGCUCUUCGCUGUCUAAGAGUGGGGAGUGCAACCGACUUGAAAGGAGAUCUGUGAGGAGCUCGAGCAGCAGCUCUUCUGUCACUAGUCUGCGCUCACCAAGCGUGUCCACCAGAGAUCUGCAGCGCAGCAGCAAAUCUGAGGAAAAAGGCUUGUCUUUCUUUAAAAGUGCCCUCCGACAGAGGGAAAGCCGCCGGUCGGCUGAUUUAGGAAAAAGCACCAUGCUUGGCAAAAAGGCCUCAGAGAGGACAUGCAAGCAGAAUGGACAAGCUAAGGAGAUCGGUGCUGAUAAUGGAAAGGCAGGAGAUGCUGUGUCGUCACAGACUUCAACAGAAACUUAUGGAGGUGAAACAAAGUCUGAGACAAAGGAGUCUUCCAAGCAUCCCAGCUCUCUCAGUCGCACUCUAUUAAAUGUAGGCAAGUCCAAGUCUUCCGCUUCUGAAGUAAGUCUCAAGUCCCCCACAGAUGGGAAGAAGCCUCUUGAGAAGAUGGGAUCUUCCCGAAAACUGUCAUCAAGCAUGCAAUCUCCUGCUCGUCUAGUGCAGAGGCCUCAAUGAUAUAUCCAUAGUAGGUACAUUCAACUUAUAUAAUGCAGCUGUUUUCUUUGUGCCUACGUUUGAGUGAGCACCAGACGUAUUUGUAAAGAGACCAUUUUUUGAUGUUAUGGUUUUAUACACUGGCAGUAAAUGCAUAUGAUCGCUUUGAGGUUUGAAUAUUAGCAGUCAGCUUUGAGUAGUUACAAUAUACACUACUUUAGAAUAUUGUUAUGGUAUUUUAUAUAGCAGCACACACUAGAGUGGUGCAUAGUCUUACCCGUUACAUUUUUGAAUGUCAGAUAUGAUUUUGAUGUGAAUGAGAAAAUGGAGUGCAAGCCUUGACACGCUUGCUGUUUUCUGACACGGAGGCUAUAUGAGCCUGCCAUGUGCAUUGACUGAGCUGCACAUCCUGCUUGACUGUGUGUCCUAGAGACCUGUGUGGCAGCUGAAAGAAUUCCAUAUUGGAAUCCUGACAUCCAGUUAAGUUUCCCUCAAACAUGAGACUUGUUUUAUCAUUGUAGUUUCUUUAGUUUGCAUACAAAAUAACUCCAAUAGAAAAACCAGAUUUAAAAUACAGUCCCUUGUACCGACAAAGAAUUAAGGGGGUAAAAAACAUUUUUUCUUUGUAUGCACCUCCAAGGGAGAAAUAGUUUUGCAUAGUAACAUUUUUACCCGAUAUAGAUUGACUGGUUGUUGAUGCUUAAACCUCACUGCUGUUCUAUAAGCAUUUAAAACUCAACAGUAAGAAGAGGAACGUAACAUUGACAGGAGUCUCUUAAUAAAUACUUUUUCACACAUGUACACACACAUAUACAAAAGAGUUUCAUUCCGAAAUAACUGUGGCUAAACGUUUGUAGUAAAUGUCAUCGACCAUUUUAAUCAAUUUGUUUUUCCACACACGCACUCAAUACAUGUUCAUGCAUCAGCUAAUAGGGGUACAGUGAGUGGUAUAUGUCUGAGGCUGUGGAAGGACAGACAUUAGCAGACUAUAUGUACUCAUAAGCAAUUUAUUACCAUGGGUCUUGAGAGUGUGUAGGAUUGAUAUGGAGUAGAAGUAACAAACGAGUCAUUAUAUGAACGUAAAAUAAUAGUUGUGAUCUGUGAUGGCAGGCGCUGGACCAAAACACAUGAGGAUUUGGGAUGAGAAAGAAUUAGAAUUGGUACAAAAACUAAGAAAAGUUUGCAAUAUUUUGUAAUGUUAUUUUUGUUAAAUAUGAGUACUCUUUUGAUAGAAAUGCAUUUUAAAUGCUUAAUAUAGUUAACUACUUUUGUCUCAAAAUGUAUGAUGUGUUUAUGA